AUGACUGUGGAACCAAAUGUGCUUGACCAGCCCCCACUCAGCUCAACCGCCCCCACCCAGCUCGACCCCGCCCCCACUCAGCUCAACCGCCCCCCACCCAGCUCGACCCGCCCCCCCACCCAGCCGACCCGCCCCCACCCCGCUCGACCCGCCCCCACCCAGCUCAACCGCCCCCACUCAGCUCAACCGCCCCCACUCAGCUCAACCGCCCCCACUCAGCUCAACCGCCCCCACUCAGCUCAACCGCCCCCACUCAGCUCAACCGCCCCCACUCAGCUCAACCGCCUCACUCAGCUCAACCGCCCCCACUCAGCUCAACCGCCCCCACUCAGCUCAACCGCCCCCACUCAGCUCAACCGCCUCCACUCAGCUCGAACCGCCCCCCACUCAGCUCGAACCGCCCCCACUCAGCUCGAACCGCCCCCACUCAGCUCGAACCGCCCCCACUCAGCUCAACCGCCCCCACUCAGCUCAACCGCCCCCACUCAGCUCAACCGCCCCCACUCAGCUCGAACCGCCCCCACUCAGCUCGAACCGCCCCCACUCAGCUCGAACCGCCCCCACUCAGCUCGAACCGCCCCCACUCAGCUCGAACCGCCCCCACUCAGCUCGAACCGCCCUCACUCAGCUCGAACCGCCCCCACUCAGCUCAACCGCCCCCACUCAGCUCAACCGCCCCCCACUCAGCUCGAACCGCCCCCACUCAGCUCGAAGCUCGAACCGCCCCCCACUCAGCUCGAACCGCCCCCACUCAGCUCGAACCGCCCCCACUCAGCUCGAACCGCCCCCCACUCAGCUCGAACCGCCCCCCACUCAGCUCGAACCGCCCCCACUCAGCUCGAACCGCCCCCACUCAGCUCGAACCGCCCCCCACUCCCAGCUCGAACCGCCCCCCACCCAGCUCGACCCGCCCCCACCCAGCUCGACCCGCCCCCACAGCUCGACCCGCCCCCACCCAGCUCGACCCGCCCCCACCCAGCUCGUCGCCCCACAGCUCGACCCGCCCCCACCCAGCUCGACCGCCCCCCACCCAGCUACGACCCCGCCCCCCACCCAGCUCGACCCGCCCCCACCCAGCUCGACCCGCCCCCACCCAGCUCGACCCGCCCCCACCCAGCAAUAGCCCCCACCCAGCUCAACCACGCCCCCACCAGCUCAACCGCCCCCACCCAGCUCAACCGCCCCCACCCAGCUCAACCGCCCCCACUCAGCUCAACCGCCCCCACUCAGCUCAACCGCCCACCCAGCUCAACCCGCCCCCACCCAGCUCAACCCGCCCCCACCCAGCUCAACCCGCCCCACCCAGCUCAACCCGCCCCCACCCAGCUCAACCCGCCCCACCCAGCUUCAACCGCCCCCACCCAGCUCAACCGCCCCCACCCAGCUCAACCGCCCCCACCCAGCUCAACCGCCUCCACUCAGCUCAACCGCCCCCACUCAGCUCAACCGCCCCCACUCAGCUCAACCGCCCCCACUCAGCUCAACCGCCUCCACCCAGCUCAACCCGCCCCCACCCAGCUCAACCCGCCCCCACCCAGCUCAACCCGCCCCCACCCAGCUCAACCGCCCCCACCCAGCUCAACCGCCCCCACUCAGCUCAACCGCCCCCACUCAGCUCAACCGCCCCCACUCAGCUCAACCGCCCCCACUCAGCUCGUCACAUCACUAGAACCUUAA